AUUCCACGGGAUUCAGAUAUUAAAGUGGUUAAGGAACUAGUCUGCGGACGUGAUUUGCGGCCAAAUUCGAACUUUUUUGAAGAAAAUUCCUAUUCGAUGGAAUCCGCCGACAACUCAGAGGCAGUAAUGAGGAAACGCAUAUGCAAAUUCUUUGCUGCUCUUCUGCCUGAAUGUUGGAAUCGGGAUCCCGAAGCGAGGUUAAGUUCUCUGCGAAUCAAAAAGGACUUACUGAAAUUCUGCGAGGAAGUAUCCGCAAAUUAUCAAACAUUUUGUUAA